AUGAAAGUCCUAAGCAAUUCGGAUAAGCCUGAAUAUUUUGAAACUCAGAUUAUAUAGAGUAUUAUUAAAUUCAAAUGGUAGUAGUACACUCUUGCCUACUACAAGACUUAAUUUUACGUCUAUCUGAUAUUUUUGACAACUUUUUUGAUCGAUAUUUUAUACACCACUUACUCUUUAAAGAGCUACAACGAUUAAGUUAAAUUGAAAGUAGAUGAUUAAUUGGAUCUUAAGUUACAGGAUUAUUUGCCAAAUAUCUACGUUUAAAUUUCAAUGAAAACUAUAUGCGGCUUAGUGUUAAUUUAUUUUCUGAUUCAUGAAAUAAGGCAGUUAAGAAUUCAGAGGGGUAAUUACUUUUAAGAUAUUUGGAAUUACUUUGACUUUUCUCAUAUUGUUAUCUUCAUAUGUUUUUGUAUUCUUGAAUUCACAAAUGAAGAUUCUGAUUUACUAAUCUUGAAUAAGGUUCUAUUAAUAAUUUUGUCAUUCAUGAAACUUUUCUAUUUUUUGAGGAUUUACGAUGGCUUCAGUUUCCUUGUUUAAAUGAUGGCUGGAGUCUUUAAAGACCUAAAAUAUUUUAUUAGUUUCUUCCUGAUUUUCAUAACAUUAUUCGGCAUGAUUUUCCUAGUUUUGUUCAAGGCUGAUUCAAUAGAUGAAUACAAUGGUGUAAAUGGAAUAGCAUAUUUCCUGAUGGCUUUUAGAAUAUCAUCUGGAGAUUUUUAAUUAGAUGAUUAUCAGUAAUAAGAAAAUACACUAGUUAUUUUCUCUUGGAUUUUGUGGAUAUUUGCUGUUAUUACUCUAAAUAUUGUUUUUAUGAAUUUCAUCAUUGCUGUGAUCUCUGAAUCGUAUGAGAAAGUUAUGUAAAAGCUCAUUUCUGAAUCUUAUAAAGUAAAAGUUCAUAUGAUUGCCGAAAGAGAAGAAAUUUUUUCAUCAACGGAGAUAAAUAGAAAGGACUACUUUCCAAACUAUAUAGUUGUUAGAAGAUAAAUCAACAACGAAACAAACGAUGCUGGAGAAUGGCAAGGAUUUAUUAAGGAUCUUAAGUAAACAAUUAGAAAAACUGCAUCUAAAUCUAAAAGUGAAAUAAUUUCUACUCAUUCAUCAGAGCUCUCAAACCUUAAAAAAUAAAUUGAUAGACUCCAGAAAGAGGAUUUUGUUUAAUUAAAGUAAGAGAUAAAAUAAGAUAUUGAAUAGAAAGUUUAGGGAAUUAGAGGUGAUUUGGAUGCCCUUAAAGAAAAAAAUUAGGGUGAUAUGGAUUUUUUAAAGGCUUCAAUUUCCUAAAUACUACAAAAGCUUAAUAAUUAAUCAGCUGAUAUUUGA